AACAUUAUUUCUACGCUCGAUUAUCAUAUCGCGUCGCUUAUCAUGUUUCGUUCUGAUGUGAACAAUGUUCCAAUUUUUUAAGAAGCCUGGACAAAGAGACAGGCCCAGAUCUUUACAAACAUCUCCCAUAAAAUCAACAAGCUCUGGGAAAUCAUUCAGGGAUGCAUUCAAUAGUGGUUUGUCCAUCCAGACACCAACAGGUACACUGUGCAGCCUUGAGGAGGAGGAGGAAGAUGAAAUUCUCAAUGGUGAAACGAAAGAAACAUGUUCCUUUAACUCUCAGCUCUCUAAGACACUUCCACAGAUUCUUGCUGACAAAGGUGCUUUAGGUUACUUCAUUCAGUUUAUGGAAGUGCGUAGCUGUUUAGCACUUAUUAAAUUUUGGCUUGAAGUGGAAUGUUUAUGCAGUUCGUUUAAUGCAUUUGAGACUAAGAUGGAGAAUGUUGAAUGUUCAAAUUGUAUAGAGAAUAUGAAUGGACUUUCCAAUUCAAUAGACAACAAUGAAAACUUUCAUUGUGAGGUGACACAGAAUAAUAUAAAUGAUCAUGAAAGUGAGAAUCCAUUAUUCAAUGAAUAUGUAAAUAGUAAUGAUGCAAAAUCAAAUUGCAAUGACAUGCCAAAGACUAAUCAAACAAUAAGCAGAAUGCGACAAUCAAAUCAUAAUUGCAAGAAAAAGGACAUGACUACCAUUAAGCAGGAUGCAUUAAGGAUUUAUAAAAGAUAUAUUGUUAAGGAUACUUUGGGUAUUAAUCAAAUUCCUGAAGAUCUUAAAGUAAAAAUGGACAAAGUUCUUACAUGUGAAAACAUUGAGCCUAUGUUGCAGUGCCUAUCAGCUAUUCAAGAGAUUAUUUACCAGAUAUUAGAAAAUGAACACAUUAAUGACUUCUUAAGAAGUGAAUUUCACUGCAAGCAUCAGAUUGAUGUUCUUACAAGUGGUAAUGUACAGCUAGCAGAUAUAUUGUACAAUGAAACUGCAUUCUUUUAUUUUAUGGAGUUUAUGGAAAUUGAGAACAAACGUGAAUUAUUAGACUUCUGGAUGUCUGCAAUAAGUUAUAAACAAAACUUGUUGGGUAAGAAGGAUGUUACAGACCCUAAGGAAGCACAAACUGAUGCUUUGAUUAUUUAUGACAAGUAUUUUAGUUUGCAAGCAACGAUGCCUCUUGGUUUCAGCGAUAAAAUUCGCUUUCAAGUGGAGCAAAACAUCUGCCGCGAGGAUGGGGAGGGACCACAACCCGAUUGUUUCGAUAAGCCCUGUAAAAUUGUAUAUAAUUUCUUGAAUAAGCAUUAUUUGCCUACCUUCUUAUCAUCACAGUUAUAUUACAAAUACUUAUCAGAAUUGAUCAGUACUAUACAGAGCAGUCCAUGUUCGAACUUACAUCCUAAGCUAAAAAGAGCAGGUUCUGAUUGCAGUAGUGAAGUCAGUUCUGUUAGUAUUAGUAUGCAAAGCACCCUGCAGGCAGGGAAUGAAGGAAAUAGGUUGAACAAUAAUAAAACGAAUGUUACUGGUGGCAUGAACAUCGAUACCCGACAGCUUUACGAUCCUGAUUCCUUGUGGAGACGUAAUAAAUAUAGUUUAAGCGUUGGUUAUAUCGAUGCUUUAGGUAGAUUCGUUACCGAAAUAGAACCAGAUCCUCAAAGAAAAUAUGAAUCGCGAUUAACACGUGCUGUGAAAAGGCUUGUAAAUAUGGAGCAAGAUAAGGCCAAAGAGGAAUUAGCAUGGAAGAUUGCCGAGAUGAUCGUUCGUGAGAUCACCUCUUUGACUCUAGGAGCUUCGAAUUUUUCAUGUGCUCGAAGGUAA